AUGAAGGUUGAUUUUAUUAAAAAUCAAUUAAAAUAUUUUGAACAAGAAUGUUGGAAAAUAGCCUCAUAAUUAAAUGCUAUACUUUUAAAUAUGAAUCAUUAAAAUAAUUAUGAAUUUAUUAAUCUUUAGGAGAAAUACAGCAUUAUUUAUGAUCCAAAUAAAACAUAGAAGAACUCAUAAGUGAAAAGUCUUAUAUUGCUUAAUAGAGAUUUUUUCAAAGUAAUAAUCUAGAUUUACCAUAAGCCGCAAUUAGAUAAAUUUUAGAUGUUAUAAAUUAAAAAGAUACUAUUAAGAACCUUUGAAGGUAUAAUAUUUAUUUAUUGUUUAGACUGAAUUAGCAAAUUACGAAAACGAUGCGAUUGAAUAAUCUGGAAAAGAAUUCUUCUUUUUAUGUAAAAAAAUCAUCGAGUUAAAAUUUAAAAGCGACUUUAAAAAUUAAAAAGAAGAAUUUAAAAAAGAACAUAAUCAAUAAAUGAUUUAAGAAUUAAUCUAAAAGAAUAUUUCUGAUAGAAAUAUUUAUUUAGAAUUUUAUGGAAAAUCAGCAUUUUAAGGAUAGAGUAAAAGACAUAUAGAAAUUAGGUAAAGUUAAAUCUUAAAAAAAGAGUUCGUUUAGUAGUUCCUCCUUAUCCAAUUGUUUAAAAAGGUAAUAAAUUUGCCUUUUUAAGGGAAUAAAUUAUAAGGUAAAAUAUAAAUAUUAUUUUUGUGAAAUUUAGUAGUUUAUGUAUACUAUAUUUAACACUAAUUGAAAAUAGCUAUUAUAUAUUUUACUAAUUUGGAUUAAUGGUACCUUAUAGAUUACAAGCAUUAUAUUCAAUAGAAUCAUUUUAUAAUGAUUAAGUAAUAGAUGAGUAAACUGGAGGAGUUAGAGAUGAUGAACUGAUUUAAACAAUUUGUUCAACUUUAAAAUUGGUUUAUAAAGGUAUGAAUAAAGCAAGAGAUGAAUUUGAAAAUUUUGAAGAUUCGGGUAUGUUUGGUAAAAGAUGCACAAGACUUUGUAAUUUAAUCGAAGUGAAUAUAUUUCGAUUUUUAUUUGUUGGAGUAUUUUGUACAUUAAUUUUAAAACCUAUUCUAAUCCUUUUCUUUUCAACUAUAUUGUUCUUUGUUUUUAGAACUUCUCUAAUGUGGGCUGGUUUUGUAACAUUAAUAAAGUAACUAUUCCAUGAUUCUGAAACGGAAGAGAGAAUUAAUUUAAUGAAUUAGAUUAUAUUCAUUUUUGCCAUUAUUUUAGAGCUAUAUUAAAUAUAAUGGUAGUCAUGGUUGAAAUAAUGGUUUGUUUAUUUUGUUUGA